AUGUUUGGUGAUUGCCAAGUUAUGUCAAACAUGGGAGGGAAUGUAGUCUCAUCUGAUACCCUCUAUUCGUCGCAGAUCGGAAACCCUAACUUCAACUUCAUGUCAAGCAUGCCCUUCCACACUUUCUCUCCUAUUAUCCCUAAAGAAGAAAAUGGGCUAGUUAUACGAGGUAAGGAGGAGAUGGAAAGUGGGUCUGGCAGUGAGCAACUUGAAGAGAAGUCAGGGAAUGAGCAAGAGAGCAGUGAACAACCUCCAAAAAAGAAACGUUAUCAUAGGCACACUGCACGGCAGAUCCAAGAAAUGGAAGCCAUGUUUAAGGAAUGUCCACACCCAGAUGACAAACAAAGAAUGAGACUUAGCCAAGACCUUGGUCUAAAACCACGACAAGUUAAGUUUUGGUUCCAAAAUCGCCGUACCCAAAUGAAGGCACAACAAGAUCGAUCUGAUAAUAUUAUACUCAGGGCAGAAAAUGAGAGCUUGAAGAAUGAUAAUUACAGGCUCCAAGCAGAGUUACGCAAUCUUAUCUGUCCUACUUGUGGAGGUUCAGACAUGCUCGGGGCAAUUCCUUUUGAGGAGCUUCGACUUGAAAAUGCAAGACUUAGAGAAGAGUUGGAUCGUGCUUGUUGUAUUGCUUCACGGUAUGGUUGCCGGCCAAUCCACUCAAUGGUACCGGCUCCUGCAUUUGUUCCCCCUUCCUUGGAUUUAGAUAUGAACAUAUAUUCAAGGCCGUUUCCGGAGUCUUUGGGCACUUGCUCUGAUAUGAUGCCUAUGCCUAUGCCUAUGCCUAUGUUGCCAGAACCAUCUUCCUUUCCUGAGGCUGGUCUGGUAUUAAUGGAGGACGGAAAAGGUCUUGCGAUGGAGCUUGCGUUGUCGUCCAUGGAUCAACUUGUGAAGUUGUGUCAUGCAAAUGAGCCUCUAUGGAUCACAAACAAUGAGAGUGGAAAGGAAGUGCUUAAUCUUGAAGAGCACGCGAGAAUGUUUCCAUGGCCUUCCAAUCUCAAGCAGAACUCAGAUGACAUGAGGACUGAAGCUACUCGUGAUUGUGCUGUGGUUAUAAUGAAUAGCAUUACCUUGGUUGAUGCUUUCCUGGAUGCUAAUAAAUGGAUGGAGCUGUUUCCCUCCAUUGUUGCAAGAGCAAAAACUGUUCAGGUUAUAGCACCAGGCGUUUCCGGUGCAAGUGGUUCUCUUCACCUGAUGUAUGCAGAAUUGCAAGUUCUUUCUCCAUUGGUGCCAACUCGGGAGACAUAUUUUCUUCGCUUUUGCCAACAAAAUGUAGAGGAUGGCACUUGGGCCAUUGUGGAUUUCCCCCUCGAUAGCUUCCAUGACAACAUCCAACCUUCGUUUCCCCUGUAUAGGAAACGUCCAUCCGGUUGUGUUAUACAAGACAUGCCCAAUGGGUACUCAAGGGUAACAUGGAUAGAACAUUCAGAGAUAGAGGAGAAGCCUGUCCAUCAAAUAUUUAGCCAGUAUGUCUAUAGUGGGAUGGCAUUUGGGGCACACCGCUGGUUAGCAGUCUUACAGAGACAAUGCGAGAGGGUUGCUAGCCUCAUGGCUAGAAAUAUCGCUGACCUAGGAGUAAUACCCUCUCCUGAAGCUCGGAAGAACAUGAUGAAACUGGCUCAAAGAAUGAUCAGAACAUUUAGCCUGAAUAUCAGCACUUCUAGUGGCCAAUCGUGGACAGUUUUAUCCGAUUCCUAUGAUACUACUGUUAGAAUUACCACAAGGAAAAUGACUGAGCCUGGCCAGCCUAAUGGGCUCAUUCUCUCUGCAGCAUCCACAACUUGGCUGCCAUAUCCUCACUACCAAGUCUUCGAUCUCUUGAGGGAUGAACAUCGCAGAUCUCAGCUGGAAGUUCUUUCUAAUGGGAAUGCCUUAGAUGAGGUUGCUCAUAUUGCCAAUGGUUCUCAUCCAGGAAAUUGCAUUUCUCUUCUUCGCAUCAACGUCGCAAGUAACUCAUCGCAGCUUGUAGAGCUGAUGCUACAAGAGAGUUGCACAGAUCAAUCUGGAAGCCUUGUUGUGUACACCACUUUGGAUGUCGAUUCAAUUAAGCUGGCAAUGAGCGGUGAGGAUCCAUCCUGCAUUCCUCUACUUCCACUAGGUUUUGUCAUAGUCCCAGUAGAAUCCAGCAGUAGUACUGCUAGUGAAGGCAACUCAAUGCCAUCUAAUUCUGAGGAUGGAAAUGGACAUAACAACUCAGGUUGUCUACUCACUGUGGGGCUCCAAGUUCUUGCAAGCACUAUUCCAUCUGCAAAGCUCCAUUUCUCCAGCGUCACUGCCAUAAAUAACCAUUUGAGCAACACAGUGAAACAAAUAACUGUUGCUCUUGGCAACACGAUCACCACCACAAACACCACUACUAGUAGCUGCCUUGAUAACGGCAACGCUGUAGGCUCUUGCAACGAGCAUACAGCUGCACCCAAACAAUAUGUUUAG